AUGGAACUUCACGUGCGCGCAUGCUCAGCGCGGAACUUACUCGACAAGCAAACAUUUGGCAAGCAAGAUCCAUAUUGUAAGCUAAAGCUGCGCGGUAAGACACUUAGGACGCGAGUGCAUGACAAUGGACACAAAACCCCCGUGUGGAAUGAAGUCUUUGUGUUUACUGUUGUUGACCCUCAGCUCGACCAGCUCAUCGUCGAGGUCAAAGACAAAAAUUUCACGUCUAGCACGCUAAUUGGUGACUGCCGCUUGCCCGUGAACAUGUUUCUCAGUGGCACUGUCUCAGAUCAAUGGUAUACGCUAAAUAAUGGCUCGAGACGCGCGGGAGAAAUUAAUCUUCGCGUACAAUUUCGAAGCCCAGGAGUACAGGCAGCACAUGCUGCUCCUGUUGCAUCCAUGGAAAAGGCUUCAAAACCAGCGCCAGCCCAGAGUUACCCAUACCCGCAGCAGUCCGGCUACCCAGCUUCACAGCAAUAUCCUGCCGCAAGUGCUUACCCAUCGUCUAAUGCGUAUCCAGCCUCCAAUGCGUAUCCAGCUCCAGGUGCCUAUCCGACCAGUGCAUACCCAGCAACCAAUGCGUACCCUGCUCCAUACCCCACUUCAGCGGGCAUGGCUUCUGCUGGUCCCUCUACAUCACAAUCAUACAAUCCGCAAGCAUCAUCGCAGUAUGCACAACCUCCGCCGCCAUAUUACGCGCAACCACCCCCGCCACAAUACGCACAGCAGCCUGGGUAUUACCCGCCACCUCAGCAACCUGGUUAUGGAUACCCACCCCCUCCCAACGUGGCUUAUGCUGUAGGCCCACCCGUGAUAGUUGCGCAACCUGCAAAAUCAUAUGGCCACAAACACCAUGGCCAUAGCUCGAAACGUGGCUUUGGUGGUGGUGGCAUGAGCACAGGGCAAAUGGCAAUGGGCGUUGGCGCUGGUGUUCUUGGUGGUAUGUUGCUAGGCGAGGCGCUGGAUGACAUUUUUGAUUAG